CUUGAUCUAGCCAAUGCUACAGCCUGAACUAGUGAGAAGUGAGAGGGGCUUUUUUGUUUUGUGCCCGGAAGUGGUUCUUCUUUCAAUGCUUGUCACUUGGGAACCGCGACUGAAAAUUCAGUAGUGAAAUUUUGGCGUGCAUGGAAUGGCGAAAUCAAUUCAUUCGGAAUUUGCCGAGGCCGAAGUGGGAAAGCACCUAAGCGCCCACACCCUUUCCCCUCCAACAUUGCACAUUAUGCCUCUAGGGAAAAAGCGUAAGCAAGCAAAUAACCUUGGAAAGUACUCUCAGAAGAAAUUACAUGUAGACCCAUCUCUGACUACAGAGUCAAUCCACACAACCCCCCUAGAGCACACACAGACUGUUGGGGACAAUGUACUUCUGGAUUGGCCUGAUGCUAAUGUCAAUUCCAACUCAUAUGAUGGUGCAAACAGCGAUGCAGACAGCAACACAGACCUUGAUGAUGUCAUAUCCAUACAAUCCCGACCUCCGCUCUGGGCUCCCGGAACUCCGAACUCCGACUUCCAGAGCCCUACUUCCCUUCCGUCACCUUCUCCUUGCCGACUCCCAAGAGGUUAUCCCACCUCCGGCUCAGACACCACCUUCGGUCCGACUCCAGAACAUUCCGGGUCCGACCCCAACCUCGACACCUUCCAGACGACAAGGAAUCUGGGCAGUGUCAUAUCCAUACCAACUCCACCCAACCUCCAACCUACUCUGCCACCGUUCCAGUUCACCUCUGGUUCGUCCUCUCCCUCACCUCCACCAUAUCCUCCAGUAUACUUCUGGUCCACCUCCGCCUCCAAUCUCUGGUACCUUCUCCAGUACCCCAUAUCCUCAUCAUAG